AUGAAUAACUUUUGCUUUAUUGAUAUUGGAGCAAAUUUAACUGACCCUGUAUUCCAGGGUAUAUACCAUGGUAAAUCAUAUCAUUUACCAGAUAUAUCAGAUAUAAUUGAAAGAGCUCGCUUAAAUGGCCUUAAAAAAAUCAUAAUUACAUGUGGUUGUUUACAAGAUUGCAUUGAUGCAUUAGAAUUAUGUAAAAUUCAUGAUCCUGAUUGUAAAUUUCUUUAUAUUACUGUUGGAGUUCAUCCAACAAGAGCACAGGAAUUAACAUGUAAAAAUACUAAUAACUGCAAGGAUUCAUUUUGUGACUGUGCUAAUAAAUAUCUUGAUAAAUUAAAACAAAUUAUAAUAUCCAAUAGGAAUAGAGUUGUAGCUCUUGGAGAAUUUGGACUAGACUCAGAUAGAACUCAAUUUUGCCCAAUAGAAAUACAAAUAAAAUAUUUUGAAUUUCAAUUAUCAUUGCUUGAAAAUUUCAAAUUACCACUUUUCCUUCAUAUUCGUGGUGAUUCCGAAUGUGUACUAAAAGUAACUUAUAUUCUUCAAAAAUAUAGACAUUUAUGGAUUGAGAAAGGUGCUGUAGCUCAUUCAUUCACUGGAACUAAACAGGAUUUAGAUUCUUUAUUAAAUAUUGGUUUAGAUAUUGGAAUAAAUGGAUGUUCACUUAAAACACAACAUAAUCUUGAAUUAUUAAAGUAUAUACCAUUAGACAGGCUCCAUAUUGAAACUGAUUCACCAUGGUGCGAAAUAAAACCAACUCAUGCUAGCUUUCCACUUGUUAAAACUCAUUUUCAUCAAGUACAAAAACCUGCAAAGUGGACUAAAUCUCAUUUGGUCAAAGGACGUAAUGAACCAGUAAAGAUUAUUCAGGUUGCUGAAGUUAUAUUUUCAAUUAUUCAGCCAUCAAUUUCAUUUGACUUAUUUGUAAUUCAAAUAUAUGAAAACACUUUAAAACGUUACUUUUCCUGA